UCGAACCGAACCGACCCAAAAUCAUGAAAAUGCUCCGCGCGUUGAGAUUCAGUUUACAAUGCUUCGCCCUCAAUGGCCAACGCAUCUGAUCAACCCCUUCCCUCCAAAACUCAAACUCUUCACCGCCUCUCAAUCCUCCCUAACUCGGCCACCGAGCUCCCUCUCUUCCCUCUUAGCCCUCUGCAAAAUCCCACGACAUCUCCAGCAAAUCCAUGCCCGCUUCAUCCUCCAUGGCCUCCAUCAAAACACAGCCCUCGCUUCCAAACUCAUCGACGCCUAUUCCAAUCUUGGCCACCUCGGCAUCUCUAAACAAGUUUUCUACUCUAUUUCCGACCCAACCACAACCUUGUACAGCACAUUUCUUGGGUGUCUUUGCAAGUUUGGAGAACAUAAGCAGGCCCUUUCGGUUUACCAAGAAAUGGCCUUGAAAUCGAUGUACCCAGAUGAGGUUGCGUACCCUCUUCUGUUGAGGUCAUCCUCUCAACUCUUAGAUGAUGAAACUGGAAAAAAGAUUCACGGGCAUGCGUUGAAGUUGGGUUUUGAUUUAUCCGAAACGGUGCGUUGUGCUUUUGAUGAUGGGAAUGACCGACAGUUGUUCGAGAAAAUGACUGCUAAAGGUUCAGUUUAUUGGAGUUCACUGAUUUUCGAGGCUUGUUUAGAUGGCGAUCUAGAGAAAAGUUUUCAUAUAUUCAACAGAAUGAGAAUGGAGAGGAUGGAACUGGAACCAGUUACUGUAAUUAAUUUGUUGAGGGCAACUGUUGAUUUGGGCUUGUUGAAAGUAGGCAGAUGCAUUCACUCUUUGAUAGUUGUGAGCAGUUUAUGUGAAGAUAUGGCUGUGAGUACAGCAUUGUUGACCGUGUAUUCCAAAUUGCGUAGUGUAGAAGAUGCUAGGUUACUGUUUGAUAGAAUGCCUGAGAGAGACUCUGUUGUGUGGAACCUUAUGAUUUCUGCAUAUUCUCGCAACGGUUACCCCAAGGAUUCAUUGGACUUGUUAAUGAGGAUGGUCAGAUCAGGGGUCAGAACUGAUUUAUUCACUGCAAUUCCAGCUAUUUCUUCUGUUGCAGAGUUGAAAUCCCUUGAAUGGGGGAAACAAAUCCAUGCUCAUGCUAUUAGAAAUGGUUCAGAUUAUCAGGUAUCCGUCCAUAAUUCUCUAAUUGACAUGUAUUUUGCCUGCAAUGGCUUAGAACAUGCACAGAAAAUUUUUUAUUCAUUGACAAACAAGACUUUGGUUUCAUGGAGCGCAAUGAUCAAAGGAUACGUAAAGCACGAACAAUUUUAUAAUGCUUUGUCCUUGUUCGCAGAGAUGAAAUUGGCGGGGUUUAGAAUUGAUAAUGUUACAGUUAUCAAUAUAUUGCCGGCUUGUGUGAAUAUUGGGGCACUCAAACAAGUGAAAGACCUUCAUGGAUACUCCAUCAAAUGUGCUUUAAACUCAUUGCUGUCAGUAAAUACAGCGUUUUUAGUCAGCUAUGCCAAAUGUGGAUGCAUAGAAAUGGCAAGAAAACUUUUUGAUGAAACAGAAGUUGAUAGCAAAGAUACAAUCACAUGGAACUCUAUGAUCGGUGCAUAUUCUAAGCAUGGAGAUUGGUUCAAUUGCCUUGAGCUGUACAACCAAAUGAAGCAGUCUAUGAUUAAGCCUGAUCACGUCACCUUCCUAGCUUUAUUGACAGUUUGUGUUAAUUUGGGUUUUCUGGAAGAAGGGAGACAAUUUUUCGAGGAGAUGAAAGAAACCUAUCACUGUGAACCUAGUCAAGAGCACUACGCAUGUAUGGUAGACCUUCUGGGGCGUGCUGGACAUGUAAACGAAGCCUCAGAGCUUAUCAACAAAAUGCCAUUCAAACCAGAUGCCAGAGUCUGGGGGCCAUUGCUGAGUGCUUGUAAAAUGCACUCAGAGACCAGGCUUGCAGAACUGGCAGCCGAGAAGCUUAUAACCAUGGAACCGAAAAAUGCAGGAAACUAUGUUCUGCUUUCCAACAUAUAUGCUGCAUCAGGAAAGUGGGAUGAAGUGGCUAAGAUGAGAAUCUUUCUUAGGGAUAGAGGUUUGAAGAAAAUUCCUGGAUGUAGCUGGCUAGAAAUAAAUGGGCAAGUUCAUGAGUUUCAUGUCGCUGAUCGAUCUCAUCCAAAAGCCAAUUAUAUAUAUGCGAUCUUAGAAAAUCUAGAGUUCGAAAUUAAGGAAUAUGAAGAGAAGGGUUCAAAUUAUCCUUCAUAUAAGCCGAUUUGUAGCUGGAGAUAUUUUCAACUUUAAUUUGUUCAAUAGUCCUCCCUGCAAUACAAGUGAGCUUAUUUUGCACUUCAGUUUUGCAGCUGCCCAUGGUGAAGGUGGCUUCUCUGGCUGCUAUUAUGCUCCAUCUUGUAGCCUUUUCUGAAGUCAUUCUUCUGUUGUCGUGCGGAUAAAUUGAAAGCAAGACACUUCUAUCAAGUCAAUAAAUCAUUCAUCGCGGGACUCAAGUGGACAGCAGGAACCGACUCACCGUUGCGCCGCCGUUAGACGGUGAAUUCGAAGAACAAGGGCCGCUCCGCCGUGACCGGAACACCGUUGUCGCCUC